CACCAAAACGCCCUACACUCUGUUAUGAAAACUUCAAAUCUCAAUCAUCAUCAUCUCAAUGAUCAGCUAUAUUGUUAACCUGGUCCCAGAAAGGGCCACUGUCUAGACUGCCCGGAUUGCAUGAGUUGUUCUUGAUGCAAGCUUUCAACCCGAUCACGGUUUCGAACAGGUUCCUGUUCCUUCUGCCUGGCACUGCAGCGUCAUGCUCCCAUCUGGCGGUGGACCAGCUGUACGGCUCGUUCACUUGAGAAGGGGCGCUGUUCAAACAGAGGUUAGGAAUAUAUAUCGGUCCAGCCGGGCCUCCUUACCACGAAGGAGGAGUGUCGAUCUCAACGCGGAGACCAAGUUUGUGCCAAACCGUAGACGUUUGACUCAGGAUGCACUGAAUCGAGAUGCCCCGAUACGGAAUGCAAAGCCUUGGGCGGGCCAACUUCCAAAGCAGACUGCCGGAGGAAAACACCAGGGAAAGAAUGGUCCCUCGAUUCGAAGCUCAUCGAGUCGAGCAGAGCAAAUAUCGCAGCAAAUCUCAAAGGCAAAGCACGAGGGAAAACACCAUGUUCCGGAGGGUGGUGACACGGCGGCAAAUAGGUCUUUGGGUAUGACAUGGCUGACAGACUCUCCUGAACUUUUGAAACCCGAGGAUUUAUUGCGACAAGUCAUGAAGUACUGCCACCGAAACCCGAACUACAGGUCAAUCGUACUGUUGGCCACGCCGGGUCUUGCACAUUUCAUGGACCGCGAUGUCUUCCUUCGACCUCUUCUCGAGAAUGUAUAUAGCAAGAGCAUACCUCACUCCGGGACUGCCCGCAUGGGCACAGUCAGAACUUCCGCUGCCAUCGUCGAUGCUCUCCCAGUACCACAGAGCAAAAAAUCGAAAUCAGCUGGACAGACCUCAGAAGGCAUAGCGCUGCUCCUUACGGAGGACUUCUCCCAAAAUUGGAGAAUGUCCGGAAAGGAACAGGAUGCCAGCGAGACAGAAGCCAACCAUCCAGGCACAAUUGCUUUCCUGUCCGAGGCUUCAAGGACCAUCUCGCCACCGUGGAGAAGUAACUGCACAUUGACUCUGCCCCUUGCGAACACCUUGUUUCUGAAUGGACAACAACACACGAUGGUCUGCGACCAGUGGGGCGUCCCUACUGGCUAUUUGGAGACGAGGCCACUGCUUCAAAGCACGGAAAAGCUGCAGCAUCUUUCCGUGCACUUGCACUAUGAGCCUAUGUGGUUUUUCUCGGGCCAAAUCCCCCUGCAGGCCUUGACACGAGAGCGAGAAAUCACUCAAUUUAUGGGGAAUAUCCUGGCGAAGAUCGAGGUCGACGGAGUGUCCGUUCCUGCCUCUCAAGAACUCGAGUCGGCUGUGACAAAAUUUGUAGCAUCCAACCCGUAUCAUGGGCCGGUGGCCGUCUAUGCCUUGAUUCGACCUCCUAACAUUGACGACGAGUCACCCUCCGUACAAAGGCUGGUGGACGACGGGGUCCUCUCGCUGGUCGCUUCAGCACUCUGCCGGGGGGCAAAGCUUCACAAGGUGACUGGUGGUGGCGGUGGUUGGGGCGAGAAGGCAGGCCUUUUAUCAAUCGAUGCGGCGGACAGUCUGUCGUCUGUUGCAAAGGUGACGAUGCAAUUCCCCGUUUUAGAGGACGACGUCCCGGGCCCCGCCACGCCGAAGCCGAAUGAUAUCAUUGAAAAAGGCAGCACCGUCGAGUUCUUUGUGUACAUAAGGGAAAGACCAUCCGAGGACACUGUAGGUGUUGAUGAGCCCGAAGAGACUGCUAUGCAACGAGAUCGGGCCAUCACUUGGGUUCUCGGCACGACAUCCCACCCAGAAGCUCUCAGUCGGCCGGUAGAUGCGGAGACUGAGCUCAAUCACCCUCGUGGUGUCACGUUCUUGCCAGACUAUUUUGGCAUGUUGACCUGCGGUAAUGCAGCUCUCAAGGUUAGCAAAUCCUUGGAUAUGGACCAAAACCCUCCCUUGGAAAUCAGCACCUGGGACACGAGCCACAAAAGGUGGAGGUCUCGAAUUGAUGUGCCCGAUUCGCGCUUCAUUUUCAAGCCUCGACACGGAUUUAGGUCUGCUGUCAAAAGAUGAUUGAUCCAGUCUGCCAAUGCCAUAAGUAUCUUGUUGCGAAAGAUUGUCGGGCUCAAUAUCAAAAGAGGUUUGGGCUCUCAUGUACAUUCCAGGAUGCGAAUAUAUUGGGACUGGCACAUGAUUGUCAGGUAGUUGAAGAUUUUAUUCCAGAUACAUCCACAUCUAGUUCUUCCAUGACUUGUAAUACCACCGCG